AUGUCUCUCACAAAUUGCCGCUUCUACGAGGAGCGAUUCCCGGAAAUCGACUCGUUCGUCAUGGUCAACGUCAAGCAAAUCGCAGAAAUGGGCGCAUACGUCAAAUUGCUGGAAUACGACAACAUCGACGGCAUGAUCCUCCUCUCCGAACUCUCCCGGCGGCGUAUCCGUUCUAUCCAGAAGCUCAUCCGAGUCGGACGCAAUGAGGUCGUGGUCGUGCUCCGAGUGGACAAGGAAAAGGGUUACAUUGAUCUGUCGAAGCGCAGAGUCAGUCCCGAGGACAUCGUCAAGUGUGAGGAACGCUACAACAAGAGCAAAAUGGUACAUAGCAUCAUGCGUCAUGUUGCGGAGAAGGUCAAUGUGCCGAUUGAGGAGCUGUACCAGGAUAUCGCGUGGCCGUUGAACAAGAAGUACGGACAUGCGGUCGAUGCCUUCAAGCUCUCCAUCACCAACCCGGAUGUGUGGAAUGAGGUGGUCUUCAAGAGCAAUGUCAUUCGCGACGAGUUGCAGAGCUAUAUUGGCAAGCGUCUUACUCCACAGCCUACGAAAGUCCGUGCCGAUAUCGAGGUUACUUGCUUCGGAUAUGAGGGUAUUGACGCCGUCAAGCGCGCUCUGCGAAUGGCCGAGGCCAAGAGCACCGAGGACACCCAGGUCAAGGUCCGUCUCGUCUCGCCACCACUCUACGUCCUCACAUGUACAACCGUCGACAAGAGUAACGGAAUUGAGGUACUCGAGGAGGCCAUCAAGGAGGUCGAGGCGGCAAUCCGUGGCGAGGAUGGUACACUCUCUGUGAAGAUGGCACCGAAGGCUGUCACCGAAAACGACGACGCGGAGCUCCAGGCACUCAUGGACAAGAAGGAGAAGGAGAACCAGGAAGUCAGCGGUGAUGAGAGCGGAAGUGAGAGUGACRAAGGCGGCUUGGCUUAG